GUUUCACGGGGCUGUUCUGUAUGGCUGGUAGGUAGAAGCCAGGAGUAAUGUAACAGAAUUACAAUCGUACGAUAGUAUUUUUAAUAUCCACAACAUAGCUAUCAUUCUUACUGUGUCCUCUGUUUUUGGUUAUAAGAAAAUCGACUGCAAAAUGUUUGGAUUUAAUAUGUUUCCUGAUAUACCACGUCCAUUCAACACACAAUAUAAAUGCUAUUCAGUGUCAAUGUUUCCUGGAAAUGAGCGACAUGAUGUUGAAAGAGGCGGAAAAAUCAUAAUGCCCCCGUCAGCAUUGGAUCAGUUGACACGUCUGAACAUAGUAUAUCCAAUGUUGUUCAAGUUGACCAAUAAGAGAACAAAUCGCAUCACACAUUGUGGAGUGUUAGAAUUUGUAGCUGAUGAAGGCAAAGUGUACCUUCCUUACUGGAUGAUGCACAAUUUGCUUCUUGAAGAAGGAGAUUUUCUGCAGAUUGAGAGUGUAUCACUGCCUGUUGCAACAUUCUCACGUUUCCAGCCACAAUCAAUAGAUUUUUUGGAUAUUACAAAUCCAAAAGCUGUUUUAGAAAAUGGAUUGCGUAGCUUUGCAUGUCUUACAACUGGUGAUGUGAUUGCUAUCAAGUAUAAUCAAAGGAUAUAUGAGCUCUGUGUUCUGGAAACAAAGCCGGGGUCUGCUGUCAGUAUCAUAGAAUGUGAUAUGAACGUUGAGUUUGCCCCUCCAGUUGGUUACAAAGAACCAGAGCGGAUUAAGAAAUCGGAUGAGGAAAUGGUAGUAGAUCCAGCUGAAUUGAUGCCGGAGCCUACAGGCUUUGUUGCUUUCCGUGGAGAAGGAAACAGGUUGGAUGGUAAGAAGAAGAAGGACAUAUCCACUAGCAGUAAAACUGCUGUCAAAGUGGCCUAUCAGCGAGGAGUUCCAGAUUACAAUUACAGAAUAGGAACUUUGAGAUUCAUAAGAAAUUCUAGACCACCAUCAAAAGAGAACAAGGAACCAGUUGAAGAAUUCAAGGCAUUCGCUGGAGAGGGAUUUUCACUUCGGCAGACUAAAUCCAAGAAGUGAUUAUAAUAUGUAUGAACAAUUUAAAAAGUCUGAAGAUUGGUAUAUACUUUCGGCAUAAUUUCAUUAUACAUGACUUCUGAUGCAACAUCUCAGUGACACUUUCCCUAAUCAGUGGAGUAGCCUUGGCAGUACUGAUAACUGGCCAUCAAGAUCUCUGGACAUAACCCCAUGAGAUUUUGUUUAUGGGGUUGGAUGAAGAGUAAACUGUAUAGAAGAAAAGUGGAGACACAAGACAAACAGCUCGAUCUGAUAGUGGAUGUUAUUGCUUACAUAAAGGAACAUCAAGAUGAACUAAGACAAGAAACAUGCCAUGUCCUUGUAUGAGUUGCAAAGUGCAUUGAUGUUGAUGGUGGAAUUUUCAAAAAUAUAUUAUACUAGGUAAACUGUACCAACCUUGUCACUUGAACAAUAAAUAUUUGUAU